UAUACUGGCUGGAGAAUUCUGGGAGUUGAAGUCCACAAGUCUUCUAAUACUCUAUUAGAGUAUUCUAUAAUUCUGUAAGUCUUACAGAGGCGUGCCAACACUGUGAGGUAAAUAUUUAAAAAGCGUGUAAACAACAAAAUGUCAGAGUGUUUCUGAAAGAUGACUGGAUUCUGUGGGGAGAUGCACGAAAGCAGCCACGGGACAACAGACUCACCGGCCUCACCCACUGAUAGGAAAGCACCCGACUGCGGAGAAACAUAAAAACGAAACCGAAAGGGAAAUCUGCUGACGUUAACACGUGAUCCGAAAAAUAAAAACAAACCAAGCAGUAAACAAGAGUGAAAGUGAGUGAGCCCGACCUCUAAGGAGGAUCGAUUCCCAGCUGUGGGACUUUAAUGCCUUUUGAUUCGCCGGUAUUCAGGUGAAAAAUGCAGCUGAAGAUCCAAGAAACCAUUGUUGAAUUCAUUAAAGGGUUCAGAGAGACAAUCUACAGUUCCUUCCUUUUGUACCUGAGUCAUUUCUCCCUUGCCAUUGGUUAUAAUGCUUUGCUAUUUUAUGCCCUUGUCUGGGAAGCUGGGAAUAUCGUCAACCUUCCCACCAAAAGAAUUGGCUUCUACAAUUUCUGUUUGGGGAAUCAGGCGGCACAACUGGACUGCCUCAUGAUCGAAGAAAUAGAGAAGCUGGGAAUCAGCAAGGUUGCACUGGUGCUAUCAAGAUUCUGUGUAUACAUCAGCCCGGUUUUGUGUCUCUUCAGUACCAAUACAAUCAUGCAGCAGGCCCUGUGUUUCAAAGACAGAGAUGGGUGGAAACUGACUCAGAUUCUUUUGUCUAUUAGCAGUGUGAGUUUGCCUGUUGGUCUCCUUUUGUUUAUCUUUCCCAGUCAGAAAUGGAUUACAGUCUCUGAACUCAGUGAGGGAUUUGCAGCCCUAGUUGGAGCUUACAUUUUACUUCUCCUCCACCUGCUCAUAAUUACCCUCUAUCUUGCAAAGUACAAAGACACUCUUCAUAAGAGACCUUUCACUGCUGUCUAGAGCCUUCCAUAAGUUUUUGUUCAAUUGACACAUUGAACUGCAAAAUAGACUACAAGAAUUGGCCAUGCAACACCAUCCUCUGUUUGUUUAUGGUUCAAUGAACUGUGUGUGAAUCUAGAAAACUGAGUUCAAUAAAUCUUAGUUGGAUAACUUCUGUGACAAAUGUGAGGCAGCAUCUGAAUGUAACACGCAUACUGUAAUGAGUUAAAUGGCGGAAUCAGUGCAAAAGCACCUUCCAAGGUCUGAAUAUGUUGAAUUCAGAGAAUGUUUUCCAACGUAAGUGAACUGGAAGGGAGGUAACACUCUUAACACAUACACUUAAUGCAUAGCUUCCCCUGUUUCAAAGGCUGGAAGAUCAACUAAAGCUCUCUCAAGAGGAACCACACUUAGAUUUAAGAAUGUAUGAAGUUUGAGGAAAGGAUUAAGGUAAAAAGGAGUAAAGCAUUUGAAGAGUCAUAAAAUCCUCCCACAAAUGGUUUUAGUCUCUUCUAUUUUUGGAGCACAGUGCUUGCCAUAGGAAGCAUGGUAUGGCCUGUAAACUGAGAGAGGGAGGGAGGGAGGGAGGGAGGGGGAGAGAGAGAGAGAGAGAGAGAGAGAAUUUCCAUUGCUGAAAAGGAUUGUUAGUUGAAAUCCUAGCACAUAACAGAAGACAUAUUCAGUUUCCACAAAUAUUAUAGGUAUAUCUCAAUAUUUUGUUAUUGUGCAAAUAAAAUGGUUGUAAAAUUAUCUACAAACCAAUGCACUGCCGUUAAUCCUAAAAUGGGAAGUUUUGCUUUCUCCAGCGUUCUAAUUGCAUAUGAACAAUGCUAUUAAUUAAAACUAAAUUGCUUGUAUUUUUAUGUUAGUAUAUGGGAAGCCCAUCAAUCAACUUUCUGAUGGAAACCAAGUAAUUUGUAAAGUAAAUAAAACGAUUUCAAUUAA